CGUCCUCGCCGUACGCAGCCCUCAUCUUUGCCCCCAUGUAUUCUCAAGCCCUCCUGGCCGCGCUGGCCCUCGGCGUCGCGUCCGCCGGCGCGUCGAAUGUGUCUGUUGACGUUCCUGUCCUCGCACCCACAAAUUCAUUGCCUCUGGCAUCGACCUUGCUCUCGUUUUCCAUUGAACAGGACAACUGGCCUGAGUGGAGUGGGAUCGACGAGCGCAACGAAUUCACGUACAAUGCGUUGACGACCUAUGCGAAUCUCACCGGACAGCCGCCGAAGAUCCGCGUCGGUGCUGAUUCCGAGGAUCACUCAGUCUGGUCGCCCACGGUGACGAUCAACGAGGACGUAUUCCCGCCGUCUAACACGAUCACGCCUUACCCUGAGGCAACUAAUAUCACUGUUGGGAGCGAAUACUACGUCCUGUCAAAAUGGCUCCCUUCAGGCACUCACAUGGUCUGGGGAGUAAACCUCGGCUAUAACAAUGUUACGAACGCAGUCAACAUGGCAAACGCCAUCGUCAAAGCCUUCGGUUCACAAGAUGUCAUUGACUCCGGUGUCGUCCUCGAGCGCAUCGAAGUCGGGAACGAGGCCGAUCUGUACGGAAACAACGGUCUCCGCGAAAAGGGUAACUGGACCGUCGAGGAUUAUGUGCCCGACUGGGAGUCUAUCGCCGAUCCCGUCGUGGAAGCAGCGGCGAUUAACGGCAGAAACGGGCCUGUCACCCUCCAAGGAGCGGCGUUCGCAUCACAGGCGUUCACCCCCAGGGAGAUCUUCGCACUUGGUAUCCUGAACAGCACAGCUGGACAGACGAUCUCAACGAUCUCGCAACACCAGUACUCCGCAGCAUUCUGCAAUGGUGGCGCCUUCGGUCUGAUCUCGUUCAUGAACAAGACGACUGUGCGUGGAAACUUGACCAUCUUCGAGGCGGACAUCACAGCGUCGCAUGAGAACGGCCUUGCGUAUGUAUUGGGCGAGACCAACAGUAUUGCCUGCCAUGGCGCGCCCGGGGUUAGCAACACAGCAGGCGCGGCCCUAUGGGUCAUCGACUACGCGUUGUUUGCGUCUACCAUUGGUAUCGAGGAACUGUACUUCCAUGAGGGCAUCGGUUACAAGUACAACUUCCUGCAACCCGUCACCCUGAACUACUCGACCAUCAACGGAAGCGCGCUCGACCCUCCGGCGCCUCCUCACAUUCAGCCUGCUUACUACGGCGGCCUUGUUAUUGACACCUUCAUCGGCAACAGCGGCGCAGCCAGCAUCGUUGAGCUCACAGUCAAUGAUCCUGAUACGGCCGGAUACGCUGCGUUCGAGAACGGGCAGCUCACCCGUGCCGUAUUCGUCAACCUCAAUGCUUGGGUCGCCGAUAGCACAGGUACGCGCCCCGUGGUUCACAUCGGCCUCGACUUCGUGAACGGCACGACGUCAGCUUCGACCGCUACAGGGCGGAGGCUCGUCAUCAACUACGCAGAUGACACGCAGAACCUUACCUGGGCCGGCCAGAGCUAUGAGGAGACUGCAAAUGUCAGCCCCACGGGUCAGCUCGACUUGGAGACGAUUGAUCUGUCAGACGGCUUUGACUUGCGUGCAACAGAGGCAAUUCUACUGACGUUCUGAUAUGAACCUUGUACCAUACGUCUGUAAUCGGGUUCUCAGGAUUUCUUGCCAACGGACGUGUCCAAUUUCCCGUGCGAUAUGUGUACUUCCAGGUUCAUGACAAUGUCUACCGAAUGACACUGCAUUUGAUCGCAA